ACCAAAGCAAUUACUUAAAAAAUAAAUAAAUCUCCUAGCCAGCGAACCCUGCGCUUUUGGGUCCAAGGGCACCCAAACUGCUGGGGAGAACAGAGCCAGCUUCCAGCUUGUCCUGGGCCGUUCUUGGUUUUCAGAACAACAGAGAAUCUGGGAUGGCCUUCAACUGGGUGGCUGGAUUACAGCAGCCGUGUGCCCAGAUCUGUGCAGUGCCGUGCAAUGACAGGGAGGGAACUAGAGUCAAGGCUGCUCUUGAAAGUGAAACUAGAAAGCAUUUAUCUCCGCAGAGUUCACAGCACAGAGAGACACCGGAGAAAGAGAAAAGCCAGCUGGAUUCCCUUAGCAGAGAUGGCCAAAUGGGUUACACGAUUCUUCCCUUCCAUUGGGAGCUGGUUUAGUACUGCACCAAAUCCUGAGAACCAGAUUCCGACAGAGAGCAAUGAAGUGCGGAUUGUCCUCGUGGGGAAACCAGGAGCAGGAAAAAGUGCCACAGGAAACACCAUUCUCGGGCAGGAGGCAUUUGAGGUUGGCACCGUGACAAGAUCCUGCCAGUUAGGAAUCAGGGAAUGGGAGGAAAAGCGGCUAGUCCUCAUUGACACGCCUGCUGAUUUUGACCUGGGGAAUGGCACAGCCAAGGAUUCCCCUGACUCCCAGCACUGCCUCCGUCUAUCCAGACCGGGACCGCACGCUUUGUUGCUGGUCACCCACCACUGUGGCGAUGCAGACUAUAAGGCAGUAGAAUGGGUUCAGGAGAUAUUUGGCUGUGAAGCCAUGAAGUACACGAUUGUUGUACUCACUGGGGAAAAACUGGACAGCGCAGCUUUGGAGGAACAUCUCUCCAGCCCAGAAUACCAACGCCUUCAGAACAUGAUUGGUCACUGCAAUUUCCAGUGGUUCUCAGUCGACAACCGCAACCAAAACGAGAGGGAGACGCAGGCUGAGAAACUGCUCUCCAUGGUGAAGGCCAUGGUGAAGAAGAACAAGGAGAAGCCGUUCUGCAGGCCUGAAAGGGUUGGGAGUCCUACCUUGAUCCCAAACGAAAAGGACCUUUCUGGGCACCCACCAGAGGAAGAGAAGCCGCAGGAGGCCGUGGAGAUUCCAGGAACUGAGGGGUCCAGAGUGGGAGGAGGAGAGAGCCCCCCUGUUCAAACAACAUUAACAGAUGCAGCUGAUCCCGUUUCAGCAGAGCAAAAGGAGCUUUGCAUCGUCAUUGUCGGAAAGUCCGGGGUUGGCAAAAGUGCGACUGGAAACACCAUCCUUGGGAAAAAGAGGUUUGACUCCAGACUUGAAAUGACCCCAGUUACAAAGUCUUGCUGGUUAGGAAUAAGAGAGUGGAAGGGGAAGCAGGUAGUUGUCAUUGACACGCCUGCAAUUUUUGACUCUGAUGGAGCCCGAAAUUCUACUGAGAUUGAGCACUGCCGACGUCUCUCCCAGCCCCACCGGCAUGCUCUGGUUCUGGUUGUCCCAGUGGGCCGAUUCACAGAGGAAGACCACCAAGUGGUACAGCGGGUGAGGGAGACAUUCAACAGUAGCGACGACCAGGAGCGCAUGGUGGUUGUCUUCAGCCACAAAGAAAGGUUGCAGAAUGAAAGAUUGGAAGAUUACAUAUCUUCCAGUGACAACAAAAACUUUCAGGAACUGAGGGAUCAGUGUGAUGGACGGUUUUGCAGUUUCAACAACAAUGAAACAGGAGACCAGCUUGCAGCCCAAGCUGAGGAAUUGCUCUCCAUGAUUGAAAUGGCAGAGAAGAAGCAACACAGGACUUCUGGUUGGCUCGCCCCAUUAUGGCGGAAAGUUCCUUCGUGGAAAGGGCACUGGCCUUUUGAAGACAGGGGAGAGCCGCUAGAGCGCAGCGGCACCCCGAAAAACCCUCAGAUUGAGCGUUCUGAGGACCUGGAGUUCCUGCGGGUGCCGGGAACGACUCCCCGGUAAGCUCUAAAAAGAGCGCCGAGUGUGAGCGGGCUUGGAGAUGGUGGCACUGGGGAAUCAAUUUGCUUCCUUCAAAGCGUGAAGCUCUGAGUCCAGCGAUCGUGAGUGGCCAAUUCCUCGAAAGAAAAAUUGGACUUAAUUCUUCUGAAAUUCGUGAGUAAAGUGACUUACCGGUAAAUUGGAACUAUAAAUUGGGAAGGAAAGGGAUUUGGUUCUAACUUUACAGGAUCCAGAGACCAGUGCAGUGAAAGCACUGGAGAUGAUUCAGGAGUACGGGCAGCUGGCUGGUUUUAAAUUAAAUAAGAGCAAAACCAAAGUAUUGGAUAAAAAAUUAGAUAAAGAUGAAAGAAAAACCCUUAUAGAAAAAACAGGCCUAACAUUUACGAAGAAGGUUAAAUAUUUGGGUAUGAACUUAACAGCGAGGAAUUUGAAUUUGUAUAAAGAUAAUUAUGAGAAAGUAUGGAAUGAAAUAAAAAGAGAUUUAGAGAUUUGGACAAAUUUAAAAUUUUCACUCAUGGGUCAAAUAUCGGUGGCUAAGAUGAAUGUAUUGCCGAAAAUGUUGUUUUUGUUUCAAACUCUACCUAUUAUUGAUAAUGUUAAAUGCUUCAAAGACUGGCAGAAGGCCCUGUCCAAAUUUAUCUGGCAGGGGGGGGGGAAGCGAGAAUCAAGUAUAAAUUACUUACGGAUAUAAAAGAAAGAGGGGUUUUUUCCCUGCCUGAUCUAAAGAUAUAUUUUGAGGCUGCGGCCUUCUGCUGGAUUAAAGACUGGAUUAAUUUAGAAAAUGAAGAUAUUCUGGAUCUAGAAGGAUUGAACAAUAGUUGGCAUGCAUAUCUUUGGUAUGAUAAAAUAAAGGCCCAUAGUGGCUUUAAGAAUCAUAUAAUUAGGAAGGCACUUAACAAUGUCUGGAUUAGAUAUCAGGAUCUUUUGGUAAGAAAAACACCCAAAUGGAUCUCACCAAUGGAAGCGCAGGCACAAAAAAAGCUAAACAUGGAAAAUAAGUGGUUGAGAUAUUCAGAUUUACUGGUAGAAGCUGACGAGGGAUUUAAGUUAAAAUCAUUCAAACAAAUUAAAUAUAAAGUAAAUUGGCUUUAAUAUUAUCAAAUUAAUGAACUAUUUAAGAUUGACAAGAAAAAAGGUUUUGCAACUGAAAAAACCAAAUUGGAAACGGAGUUGUUAGACACCAAUGUUAAGAACAUGUCUAAGAUGUAUAGUUUGUUAUUGGAGUGGCAUACAAAAGAUGAGCAAGUAAAAUCUUUUAUGAUUGAUUGGGCACAAGAUGUGGGACAUAAUAUAAUGAUGGAGGACUGGUAGAGGCUUUGGAAGAAAGGGGUUAAGUUUACUGCUUGUACAAUGUUAAAGGAGAAUGCUAUGAAAAAUGAUGUAUAGAUGGUACUUAACCCCUGUUAAAUUGGCGAAGAUCUACCACGAUUGUGAUAAUUUAUGUUGGAAAUGUAAAGAAAAGGAAGGUACUUUCUAUCAUAUGUGGUGGACUUGUUCCAAGGUAAAAGACUU